AUGGCAAAACGAGUGGUUGUUACCGGUUUGGGCUUGGUGACGCCUGUAGGCGUGGGUGUUGCCAAUGCCUGGACGAACCUAUUAAACGCACAUUGCGGUAUUGAAUCCUUGAUUCAUAACGAAGCAUUCAAGCAACUACCGGUCCGAAUCGCUGCCACGGUUCCUAAAGGAUCCAUCGAUGAAGGCGGCUUUUUUCCCACAGACUGGCUUGAUAAAGGCGAUGCACGAACGAUGGCUACAUUCACCCAAUAUGCGAUUGCUGCGGCGAAACAAGCCCUGAACGAUGCCGGCUGGACUUCUGCAACUGAUCAGGAAAAAGAACGAACCGGCGUUUGUAUAGGCUCAGGCAUGGGAAGCAUUGAUGAUCUUUACUCUACCUCCGUGGCUUUCGCAGCAUCGGGUCAUCGCAAAAUAUCACCAUUAUUUGUUCCCAGAAUUCUCAUCAACAUGGCUGCAGGCCAUUUAACAAUGAAAUACGGUUUCCAGGGACCGAAUCAUGCAGUGUCAACUGCUUGCACCACCGGCGCUCAUUCCAUUGGUGACGCUAUGCGUUUCAUCCAAUAUGGCGAUGCAGAUGUCAUGGUGGCGGGUGGUACAGAAGCUUGUGUACAUCCUUUAUCUAUCGCUGGAUUUGCAAGAGCCAAGUCUUUGGCAGCCGGUUUUGAAGAUCGGCCUACCGAAGCCUCCCGACCGUUUGAUCGUGAUAGAGCAGGUUUCGUCAUGGGCGAAGGAGCAGGAGUGGUUGUCCUAGAGGAAUUGGAACACGCUAAAAAGCGAGGGGCCAAAAUUUAUGCGGAAUUAAGAGGCUAUGGCUUAUCGGGCGAUGCGCAUCAUAUGACUGCGCCGCCAGAGGAUGGUCGUGGUGCCGUAAAUUCGAUGAAACGGGCCCUGGCUCAUGCUAAAUUGACACCGGCCGAUAUUGACUACGUCAAUGCUCACGCUACAAGCACGGCUGUUGGGGAUGCUGCUGAAAAUCGCGCCAUCAAAACCGUAUUUGAUGGGUACCAUGACCGGAUCAACGUUUCAUCGACAAAGGGCGCAACCGGUCAUUUACUUGGUGCAGCUGGAUCUGUGGAAGCCAUUUUCACCAUCUUAUCGGUCUAUCAUAACGUUCUACCGCCCACUUUGAAUCUCCACCAUCCUGGAAAUUCAUGUGAUGAAUUUAAUCUCAACUAUGUUCCUUUGGAAGCGCAGGAAAGACAAGAAGUGCGAGCUGCAUUAACAAAUAGCUUUGGUUUCGGUGGAACCAAUGCCACAUUAUGUUUUGCAAAGAUGAAAUAA